AUGCCUCCGACGCGCCGCAACCUUUUUCAGAGCCAUCUCAGUCGCCGCCCGGCAUCCUCAGCUUCUAACUCCGCCUCUUCCAAUAACAGCAUCCCACCGCCACUACCAGCAGAUCCAAACAACAACAACAACAACCACUCUCUACCCGAAACACCCUCAUUAGCACACCACGUACAUCCGUCAGAUAUAGCAUCUUCAUCAUUAUCUACAUAUAGAGCAGCGGCAGGAGGAACAUCAACGCCGCCUAUCGACGACGGGGAGAUUAUCGCACGAGACAAGAAUGGGAAGUUCCAGCUUGACAUCCCCGUUCUGCCACCCCUUCCGCUGGAUGAAGAUGACGAGGAUGAGGAGGGAGAGGAAGAUAUGAAUGGCAAUGGAGGAGGGGGCGCUAUGGAAGGUAUUGAGGAUGGCCGACCAAGUGCCGGAUCUGGGGGUAGUGGUAGCAAUAAUGCCGGUGGUGGUAUGAGCUCUGAGUUGGUGGGGAGGGAUAAAGAGAAAUUAGAAGCAGGUCUCGUCGAAAUGAUGUACCGAAAUCGCAAUAGACACCUGAGUGGUGAGCCAGAAAUACUCAAUUUAAUACAACAAAGCCUGCGCAGCAAAGUCGCUGCUCUAGACGAGGAUAAGUGGAUGUUCGAGGUGGAAGACGAUCCUCUUGUGUAA